UCUCUCCGGUCACACUGUUGAGACCCUUAAACACAACAUGGAUACCUCCUCAGUUCCUCACCUUGACUACAGUCUGCAGUACCAGUGGUUCUCCGACUCGGACCUCUCCAGCAUCUCCUCCCCAGAGACACUUUCUCCUGUCCACUCCAUGGACUCCAGCCUCUCUCCUGGCUACCAGCAGCUCCCACAGUGUACUCCCAAGGGAGCCAAGACCGGUUAUUCCCAAAGCCUCAAGUCCUCACCGUGCUCCUUGUCCGGACGUGGGCGCAGGACUGGGAGGCCCACUCGGAUCCGGAGCAAGCAGAGGGAGAGCGCCAGCGAAAAGGAGAAAUUAAGGAUGAGGGAUCUGACUAAGGCUCUACAUCACCUCAGGUCCUACCUUCCACCUUCAGUGGCACCUGCCGGACAAACUCUGACGAAGAUAGAAACCCUCCGACUCACCAUCCGCUACAUCUCCUACCUCUCAUCCCAGCUGGGCCUCAGCGAAGAGGUGCUGUUUCAGAGGAGGGAACGAGCAGACACCUCAGUCAGUGACACGUCAUCCACUGACAUCCUCAGCUACUUCCAGAGUGCUUCCACAGGAGGACAAGUGACUCAGAUGCAGAGCCAGAAUCUGAUCCAGAGCAGCCUGUACCCAAAACCAUGUUAUAGCCAGAAUACUGUGCUGCAUUCUGGGAAUUGUAGUAUUGGAGUGGAUCAGCACCACAGACCAUACAAUGAAGCUCCCCAGAGAGAUAUGAGCAUGGACGGUAUCCUACAGUCGCCUCCAGUGCCACAGCCUUCCUGUCAGAUGUGUGGCAAAGACUUCUGCACCCCGCUGGUUCCAAGGGAGUAUUGGGGUUGAACGCUCCAAUCUCUGUGUGAUCCUCAGCAGAAAAAGACAACAAACUUUACUGUGUUUACUGCUUCACUGUGAAUCAAGUUAUUUAUUUGAAAUAAUCAUUCUAAUUCUAUCUUUUAUUUAUUUUCUCCUCUGAAAAAUUCCAUGUAAAUAUUGAUAUGACUAACAGUUAUUUUUCUAUUUCUGUAUACCACUAUUUAUA